CCCACCGCAGCGCCCUCACAGCUCGACUCUGCAUAUCUCCACAGCUCUGGGAUCGCCCAAGCACUCCGACCAGCCUAUCAACAUGAAUCGUGGUGGCCGCGGCGGAGGAAAAGUCCUCCUUCCCCCUAUCAACUUCAUCUUCAAGCUUCUGCAAUCACGUGCCACAAUCUCAGUAUGGCUGUACGAAAACCUCGGUCUGCGCAUUGAGGGCAAGCUCAGGGGUUUCGACGAAUUCAUGAACCUCGUCAUCGACGACGCCGUAGAAGUCACGAUUGCAAAGAAGGACGGCACAGCAGAGGAAAGGCGCAAGAUCGGCCAGAUCUUGCUCAAGGGCGACAACAUCUCUCUCAUUCAGCAAAUCCAAUGAUUACGAGCGCUAUAGCCGGCUCCGAGGCACCUCGGUUCGCACUUUCGAUUGUACAGGAAGGAGGCCGAGGUUGACGCGUGCAAAGGUGCUGGGUGGUGGCAGGAAAACACGUUAGGGCGAGAACAGCUUGCGUUGCUUCCGAUCAAGCGCGACGAAGCUCGCCGUCCCCGGUUAUCAAGGCGUCGAGGCGGAAGUCGGACUGGUCCAUAGGGACUGACUCGUUUGGCGGAAGCAGCUGCUCGGUCAAAGACAGACCAACUUUGGCGUGGUUAGUUAGCCCAUCAGCCAUGUUCGAAUAUCAGUAAUUCUUACCGCG